CGAUCAUUCGAUAUCACUUGUUCGAUGAGAUUUGUUUGUCAACAAACUGUGUUUGAAGUGCUUGCAAGGGAUUGUGGUUGUCUCAGUCAGUCUUGAGUCUAGUAUGACUUCAUCAUCAGGUAUACCGGAUAAAUUAUGGCAGCCUCCGUACGCCGUCCUCGAAACAACAAUGGGAGAAAUAGUAAUAGAGCUAUAUUGGAAACAUGCACCAGCCACAUGCAGAAAUUUUGCAGAACUUGUUAGAAGAGGAUAUUACAAUGGCACUAAAUUUCAUCGAAUAAUUAGGGACUUUAUGAUACAGGGUGGUGACCCUACAGGAACAGGAAAGGGUGGUAUUUCUAUUUAUGGAAGAGCAUUUGAAGAUGAAAUCCACGAGGAGUUGAAACAUACGGGUGCUGGAAUUAUAUCAAUGGCAAACUCUGGUCCAAAUACCAAUGGAUCCCAGUUUUUCAUAACUUUGGCUCCAACACAGUGGCUUGAUGGGAAACAUACCAUAUUUGUUCGUUAUAAUAGUGGAAGUACCAUCCAGCAAGGAAUAAUGUUGUCGUUGUGGCCUUCGUGGCAGCAUGCCCAGGAAAUCCACCACUGCCGCAUUUGCAUCCGGUGCCAGUUGUACGCAUGCGAAGCAAGCAUGCCACUGUUGCCUGCAGCCAGUGCCUCACCUGACGGAUACAAAAACAUCGGAGUACUGCCAGCAUGGCCUCAUCUUCUUACAUCUUAUCUGGCGUACAUAAGUGUUCUCAUGUUGGACGAGUUCUGUGCCACUGUAGAUUCAGUUGUUAGUGCUAAGACUCUGUACUUGGAGAGUCAUUAUUUGUGUUACUGUUUCUCCAACCUAGUCAUUAUUUUGCAUGCAGUUAUCAGCAUGUAGUGCUAGUCAAUAAAGAGUGUGGAUACAGCA